AUGUCCUUCUUCAAGCGCGCCCCGCACGCAGACGACCUCGACCCCGACGAGGAUGACCCCACAAUCGACCCCGAGCUCCGCCUCCGCACAGUCCGCACCGCCCACUCCACCAUCGCAGAGUCCAUCCGCACAGAGGCCCGCGCUGAGCGCAGGAAAUCCCUCAGGCAGAAGCGCUCCCGCUUCUUCCGCAACAAGUCCAUCGAGAAGAAGCGCCCCGCCACCGCUGACUCUGUCGCAACGUCCGAUGCGAAGCCAUCGACAGAGAUCCCAGGCCCCAGACGCAACAUCUAUGUCAACACCCCGCUCACGGCGAUGGAGGUCGACAGCCACGGCGAGCCGCUGACCCAGUAUGUCAGGAACAAAGUUCGCACAAGCAAAUACACCAUCAUCACCUUUCUCCCAAAGAACCUCUACGAGCAGUUCAGACGCGUCGCAAACCUCUACUUUCUCGCCCUCGUCGUCCUCCAAGUGUUCCCCAUGUUCGGCGCCGCCUCGCCCCAGACCGCGAUGCUCCCACUCGUCUUCAUCACUGCCGUCACCGCGAUCAAAGACGCAAUCGAGGACUACCGCCGCGCGACCCUCGACGAGGAGGUCAACACCUCCGCCGCCACCAAGCUCGGCAACUGGCGCAACCUCAACACCCCCACCGACCCGCGCCCCUGGCUCGAAAAGCUCCUCGGCCUCAACCCCCCGGGCAGGGUCACCCGCGGCGUCCGUCGCCUGCGCGAGCGCGAGGCCGGCGAGGGCAUGCGCAUCAUGCUCAGCAGGGGCGACGGCGACCGCUCCGCCGGCGCCGCGGGCCGCCACCUCGAGGACAUACAGAGCGUCGACUCGCACAGCUACCCGCCCGACCCGUCCCAGGUCUCGCUCGCGGGCGGCGCGCAGCAGGCGCUGGGCGCCGCCGGCCCGUACGCGGCCGGGGAGCUCGGCGGUGGCUGGAGCCAGACGACGACGCUCGCUGGCGACGGGGGCGGCGCGAGCACGGGCGCGGUCAACUGGGCGAAGCGCAUCGGCGGCUCGGCGCGGUGGGAGCGCACGCUCUGGAAGAAGCUCGAGGUCGGCGACGUCGUGCUCCUGCGGGACAACGACCAGGUGCCGGCGGACAUCGUCGUGCUGUCCACCUCGGACCCGGACGGGAUGUGCUACCUCGAGACGAAGAACCUGGACGGGGAGACGAACCUGAAGCCGCGCAAGGCCGUGCACGCGACGUCGAGCGUCAUGUCCGAGGAGGACGUCGAGCGCGCGGCGUUCGUGCUCGACUCGGAGCCGCCGCACCCGAAUCUGUACCUGUACAACGGCGUGCUGCGCUACGUGGACGCGGCGACGGGCGCGGCCAAGACGGAGCCGGUGACGAUCGACGAGAUGCUCCUGCGCGGGUGCUCGCUGCGCAACACGGCGUGGGUCAUCGGCCUCGUCGCCUUUACGGGCGCGGACACGAAGAUCAUGCUCAACGGCGGCGAGACGCCGUCGAAGCGCUCGCGCAUCGAGCGCGAGACGAACUUUAACGUGAUCGUGAACUUUGUGGUGCUCAUACUGAUGUGCACGAUCACCGCGGUCGCGAACGGGAUCUUUGACAGCAGGACGGGCACGAGCGCCGCCGUGUUCGAGGCCGGCGCCGACGCGAGCGACUCGGACGUGCUCAACGCGCUGGUCACAUUCGCCUCGUGCCUCAUCGCGUUCCAGAACAUCGUGCCGAUCUCGCUCUACAUCUCGAUCGAGAUCGUCAAGACGAUCCAGGCGUACUUCAUCUCGCAGGACAUCGACAUGUACUACGCGCCGUUCGACACGACGUGCGUGCCCAAGACGUGGAACAUCUCGGACGACCUCGGCCAGAUCGAGUACGUCUUCUCGGACAAGACGGGCACGCUCACGCAGAACGUGAUGGAGUUCCAAAAGUGCUCCAUCAACGGCGUCGCGUACGGCGAGGCGAUCACCGAGGCCCAGCGCGGCGCCGCGAAGCGCAAGGGCGACACGGACAUGCUCGACGCGGACGAGCACCAACGCCGCAUGGUCAUGAUGAAGCAGGACAUGAUCCGCCUUAUGGGCCGCACGUUCAAGAACCGCUACGCGCAGUCCGACCGGCUCACGCUCAUCUCCACGCGCCUCGCCGAGGACAUGGCCGACCGCACGGGCCCGCAGCGCGCGCACAUCAUCGCCUUCUUCCGCGCGCUCGCCGUGUGCCACACCGUGCUCGCCGACCGCCCGGACCCCGCGCGCGAGCCGCACCUGGUGAACUACAAGGCCGAGUCGCCGGACGAGGCCGCGCUCGUGGCGGCCGCGCGCGACGCGGGCUUCCCGUUCAUCGCGCGCACAAAGGAAAGCGUGGAGAUCGAGGUGAUGGGCCAGGCGGAGCGCCUCGUGCCGCUGCGCGUGCUCGCGUUCGACAGCACGCGGAAGCGGAUGAGCACGAUCGUGCGCGACGCGCAGGGGCGGCUCGUGCUGUACUGCAAGGGCGCGGAUAGCGUGAUCUACGCGCGGCUCGCGGCGGAGCACGACCCCGCGCUAAAGGAGCGCACGGCGCGCGACAUGGAGGCGUUCGCGAACGGGGGCCUGCGCACGCUGUGCGUCGCGUAUCGGUACCUGAGCGAGGAGGAGUAUUUGCAGUGGGGGCGCGUGUACGACGCGGCGCUGGCGGCGACGGUGGAGCGCGACGAGGCGAUCGAGAGGGCGAAUGAGAUGAUCGAGCAUUCGUUGGUGAUUUUGGGGGCGACGGCGUUGGAGGAUAAGUUGCAGGAGGGCGUGCCGGACGCGAUCGAGACGCUGCAUCAGGCCGGCAUCAAGCUGUGGAUCCUGACGGGCGACAAGGUGCAGACGGCGAUCGAGAUCGCCUUCAGCUGCAACCUGCUCAAGAGCGACAUGGACAUCAUGAUCCUCUCCGCGGACAGCGUCGACGGCGCGCGCGCGCAGAUUGAGGCGGGGCUGAACAAGAUCGCGUCCGUGCUCGGCCCGCCGUCGUGGGACCCGCGCAAGCGCGGCUUCUCGCCCAACGCGAAGGCCUCGUUCGCGGUCGUCAUCGACGGCGACACGCUGCGGCACGCGCUCGGGCCUGCGCUGCGCGAGCUCUUCCUGAACCUCGGCACGCAGUGCGAGACGGUCGUGUGCUGCCGCGUGUCGCCCGCGCAGAAGGCGCUCACGGUGAAGCUCGUCAAGGAGGGCCGGCGCGCGAUGACGCUCGCGAUCGGGGACGGGGCGAACGACGUGGCGAUGAUCCAGGAGGCGAAUAUCGGGUGCGGGCUGUUUGGGCACGAGGGCUCGCAGGCGGCGAUGUCGGCGGACUAUGCGUUUGGGCAGUUUCGGUUCCUGACGAAGCUGCUGAUCGUGCAUGGGCGGUGGUCGUAUAGGCGCAUCGCGGACAUGCACAGCAACUUCUUUUACAAGAAUGUGAUCUGGACGUUCGCGAUGUUUUGGUUCUUGCCGUGGAAUAGCUUCGACGCGACUUAUCUUUAUCAGUACACCUUCAUCCUUCUUUACAAUGUUGUUUUCACAUCUCUCCCCGUCAUCGCCCUCGGAGCCUUUGACCAAGACAUCAACGCCAAAGCCGCGCUCGCCUUUCCGCAGCUGUACGUCCGCGGGAUCAGGGGACUCGAGUACACCCGGGCCAAGUUCUGGCUGUACAUGCUCGACGGCCUGUACCAGUCCGCGGUCGUGUACUUUGUGCCGUUCUGCGUGUGGACGCUCGGCCCCGCGCUCUCGUGGAACGGCAAGGGCAUCGACUCGCUCGCGGACUUUGGCACGACCGUGUCCGUCGCGGCCAUCUUUGCAGCUAACAUCUACGUCGGCAUCAACACGCACUACUGGACGGUGAUCACGUGGGCCGUGGUGCUGGGCUCGUCGUUCGUGAUGCUCGUGUGGAUCGUGAUCUACUCGCUCUUUGAGAGCUUCGACUUUAUAGACGAGGUGAUCGUCCUCUUUGGCGGCGUGACGUUCUGGGCCACCGUCCUGCUCUCCGUCGCCAUCGCCCUCACUCCGCGCGUCCUCGUCAAGUUCGUGUCGUCGUCCUAUCUCCCGCUGGACAGCGACAUCGUGCGCGAGAUGUGGGUCAAGGGCAACCUCAAGUCCCAGCUCGGGCUCAGCCACCGCCGCGAGCGCAAGCGCGGCUCCGACCUCGAGCACGCGCCCAUGUUCCAGAAGCCGCACAGCCGCUCCGCGUCCGAGAUAUCGAGCUUCCGGGAGGGCUACGAGCCAGCGCUCACCAGCAGCCCCGGCGAGCUCGUCUCGCCCCCGCCCCCACACCCGCGCGCCGAGACCCUCGUCGACACCCCGCCGCCCGCGAACAGGAGCCCCUACGCUGGCGCGCGGCACCUCGACGACGCGCAGUACCAGUACCAGUACGCCGCCGCCACCGCUCCCGCCCCCGGGCCGCGCGACGACGGCCAACACCUGCUCACGCCCACCGCCGGCCCUUUCACACAAAACCGGUUUGUCUCGCCGUCGCCCGCGAUGUCGUACUACUCGGCCUCCGACGUCCCGCUGCCCUCCCCGCUGCCCUCCCCCACCUACAGCCACCCAUCACAUCUAUAUCCCUCCGCCUCCGCCGCCGCCUCGGCCUCGGCCUCUGCGUCGUACGCCGCGCGCCCCGACACGUUGCGGGUGCCCCCAAGCGCGUACGAGAUGCGCAUCCGCAGCCCGCCGCGGGAGCACCAGUACGCGCGGGCCGAACCGCCAGAAGACCGGCCGCCGCAGCAGCACGGGUACGCGCACGCGCCCGAGCCGUCCACGGCAACGACGGCAUCGUACGACACGGCUGUGUCGGGGCCGGACCACCCGCACGGCGGACAGGAGCCCGACGCGGAGCCGGACGAUUGGCGCGCGAGCACGUAUUCGUACCAGGGCCCGCGCGCGCUGUAAAUCGUUGUCUGUGUCUGUGUCUGUGACUGUGUCUGUGUAGUAUAUAUAUAUCUAGGGAUCGGCUUGUUGUCCGUGGCGUGUGGGGUCGGCUGCUGUUGUCGCUUGCAAUGAUGUGUUUUUUUCUCGCGUUUUUGCGUUCGCGUAUAGUCGCUCGUUUAUUUCUUUAUUUAUUCGGUGCUCUCUG